UCUACCCGGGCUGAAAAGAUGAGAGCACCGCAGCGUAUGAGCGUCUCGCGUAUGUAUAACCUAUUUACAGGAGCUGGUUGCUGAACUGUCAUGAGAACAUGUACUCGAAUAAGUUUGGCCGCCUCAUGUUAGGGCUGUACAGCCGGAAACAGAGCUCUGUGUGCGGGGUUGUUCAGAGCUGUGCAGGACGGAGCUCCUUCAGCUGGACUGCGGUGUGUAAACAGCGGACACUGUGGCUGCAGGGGGGCGGCUGUCUGACGCGCCAGCAGCAUGCUGUGCCCUCUCCGAUCAGUGCUCGGUCGGCCUCCCACACCACAGUGGACCCUGAUGAGGUGAGGAGGUUCCAGUCACUGGCCGGCAAGUGGUGGGAUGAGCAGGGAGAAUUUGCAGCUCUUCAUGCCAUGAAUGACCUGAGGGUGCCUUUUAUACGGGACAACCUGCUGAGUGUGCACACAGCGCGGCAUCCUGGGAAGCCACUUGCAGGACUGAGAAUCCUGGAUGUGGGCUGUGGAGGAGGUCUGAUAACAGAGCCCUUAGGUCGCCUGGGAGCUGACGUGUUGGGCAUAGAUCCAGUGGAAGACAGCAUCGGCACAGCAAAACUGCAUUCGUCUUUUGACCCAGACCUUCAAGACCGCAUCAGCUACCAGGCCUGCACUCUGGAGGAGCUCUCAUCGGAGGAGGAAGGAGGGUCAGAGGAGCAAGGAGUGGCUCAGUUUGAUGCUAUUGUAGCAUCCGAGGUGGUGGAACAUCUGGCCGACCUGGAAACAUUUGCCUUCUGCUGCAGCCAUGUGCUAAAGCCAGGCGGCUCGCUCUUCAUCACCACCAUAAAUAAAACCAAUCUGUCGUAUGCGUUUGGUAUUGUUGUGGCUGAGCAGCUGCUGCGCAUUGUCCCAAGUGGGACUCACGACUGGGAGAAGUUCAUCAGCCCUGAGGAGCUGGAGCGCCUCCUGGAGUCCAAUGGAUUCUCUGUACAGUCUGUGGAAGGAAUGCUGUACAACCCAGUAUCAGGAGCCUGGAGCUGGACUAACAGCACUGCCAUCAACUAUGCCCUUCAUGCUGUCAAAGUGAGGGAAGAUCCCCAGCCUGACCAGACCAAGGAGAGCAGCUCCCACGCAGACCACUCUGCUGCAGACACACACAGCUGAACCAAAUAAUGAAAUGAGUCAGGAAACAGGAAAGCAUCAAGUCCUGACUUCCCUGUGGAACACUGAGGUCAUGAAUUAAAGGGGCAAACUGACUGAAGAAUGGUUGUAUUGUAGUCCCUAGUUUGCACACAGAAUAACAUUCAUUGUGUUGUUACAGUUUAAGCAGAGUGAAAUGUAACUGUUUGUCCUCACAGCUUCAGAGUUUAUGGAAUCCAUAUUCAUCAGUUUCAUUGUAGACUCUACUAGAGCUGCUUUAUGUAUUCUAGGCUGAGUAUUAAGUGAUUUUCCAUAUCCUCUAAUAAUCUGCCUUUAUAUUUGGUUAAAGAAUGAGACCACAACAAGAAAAUGACAUAUUUUCCCCUGGCCACAUAGCAGAGCUAGGAUUUCAAGUUCAUAUUAGUGGUAAUUGUUUAUUCUAAAGCUGUAGAAGAGGAGGACUCAGUCACAUCCUCUGGGAUUAAAUGGGUCUCGUGGAGUGUUAUAUAAUGCAAAUCAACCCUGUGGCAGAGAAGAAAUCAGGCUGCAUGCUUCUUCAAGAUACUGAUAGCAUUGCUAGCAAGGAUGAAGAACACACUCUUGGGAUUACUGGGAUCUUUUAGGGGUCCAUUAAGAAACGUACCUUGUAAUCUGUGAGUUUUCAGAUUAAUAAAGGGACUGUUUAAGACUGA